AUGGCGACCAUUGAAGCUCCUGCAGUGCGUGCUGCUGCAUUGUCCACGUGUCAGUCUGGUCUGUCCGCGUCCAGCUCACGGCGAACCGUGGGAUGGCAGCCCGUGAGCCACUCCGCUAGUUUUAACAAGCUCGCGAAGAGCGUUCGCGGGACCUCGAAGAUUAGGGCAGUAGCGGAGAUCAAACCAGCGGCUGCUGACUCAGUAAAGAUGAAGGAUCUUGCCCGCCCUGACUCGUUCGGCCGUUAUGGCCAGUUUGGCGGCAAGUACGUUCCCGAGACCCUCAUGGCCGCGUUGGAUAAUCUCGAGAAGGUUUAUAACGAGACAGUCCAGGAUCCCGCUUUCCAGGCGGAGUUCCACUCGAUCCUCAAGGACUACGUGGGUCGCGAGUCGCCGCUCUACUUCGCGGAGCGCCUCACGGAGCACUACUCGCGCCUCGACCCCGCAGAUCCCUCGCGCCGCGUCGGCCCGCACGUGUACCUCAAGCGGGAGGAUCUGAACCACACGGGCGCGCACAAGAUCAACAACGCCAUUGGUCAGGUGCUCCUGGCGAAGCGCAUCGGCAAGAAGCGCAUCAUCGCGGAGACGGGCGCGGGGCAGCACGGCGUGGCGACGGCGACGGUGUGCGCGCGCUUCGGGCUGAACUGCAUCGUGUACAUGGGCGCGGAGGACAUGCGGCGGCAGGCGCUGAAUGUGUUCCGCAUGCGCCUCCUGGGCGCCGAGGUGCGGGCGGUGCACAGUGGCACGCGCACGCUCAAGGACGCCACGUCAGAGGCGAUCCGCGACUGGGUGACCAACGUAGACACCACGCACUACAUCCUCGGCUCUGCUGCCGGCCCCCACCCCUACCCCAUGAUCGUCCGCGACUUCCAGGCCAUCAUCGGUCGGGAGGCGAAGAAGCAAUCCUUUGAAAAGUUCGGGCGGCUGCCCGACGUUCUGGUGGCGUGUGUGGGGGGCGGGUCGAACGCCAUGGGGCUGUUCCACGAGUUCGUGGAGGACGAGGGCGUGCACAUGGUGGGCGUGGAGGCGGCGGGGCACGGCGUGCACACGGACAAGCACGCCGCCACGCUCACCGCCGGGGAGGUGGGCGUGCUGCACGGCGCCAUGAGCUACCUGCUCCAGGACAGCGAUGGGCAGAUCAUUGAACCGCACAGCAUCAGCGCCGGCCUUGACUACCCAGGAGUGGGUCCAGAGCACAGCUUCCUCAAGGACAUUGGGCGAGCAGAGUACUUCAGUGUCACUGAUGACGAGGCCCUGCAAGCAUUCAAGCGUGUGUCGCGAUUGGAAGGCAUCAUCCCCGCCCUGGAGACGUCCCAUGCGUUGGCAUACCUCGAGUACCUCUGCCCGCAGCUGGCCGAUGGCACCAAGGACAACGGCAUCAAGCGGUUGAAGCUGUUCGGCGCUGACGUGGACAUUUUGCGCGCGCUGGUGGGCACGGACAUUGAGGUGGCCGUGAUGCUGCAGAACGAGUAUCUUAAUCUCGUUGCCGGCUCGCAGAAGGAAGCGGCCAAGUGGCUCAGCAACAACGUGUCGCCCUUCGUGUUUCCCAAAGGAGCCAACAUCAGGGAGAUAGCCGUGGGGAACGAGCCGUUUCUGCAGGGCUACCAGGGCAUGUACGAGUCAGCCGUGGUGCCGGCAAUGCGAAACAUGUACAGUGCGUUACAGGACGCCAAACUAGACGACAAAAUCAAACUCACCGUGCCUCUUAACGCGGAUAUUUUGGGAAGCUCGUACCCGCCGUCCUCGGGCGAGGUUCGGGGGGAUAUUUUGGAGGAUAUUACUGCGAUUGCAGAUAUUUUGAAGCAGUCGGGUGGAACGUUCUCCAUAAAUAUCUAUCCGUUUCUGACGCUGCAUCAGGAUACGGCGGGGGAUAUAGGGUUGAACCAGGUUUUUUUGGGGCAGCCUGGCGGGCAGGCGUGGAAGUUCAAGGACCCCAAGAGCGGGCUGAAAUACGACAACAUCUUCGACGGCGCGUUUGAUGCUGUGGUGGCUGCUCUGGAGAAGAUCGGAUACGGCAAUCUUCCGAUCGAGAUCGGAGAGAUUGGGUGGCCAUCCGACGGCCAGGGUGACACGAGGGGCUACGCCACAGUGGACAACGCCUAUCGCUUCAACCAGGCCAUUUUAGCCCACAUGCUGUCAGGAAAAGGCACGCCCGCCCGCCCGAAUCAAAUCUUGAGUGGGUACCUCUUCGCGCUUUCAGACGAAGACCGGAAGAUUACUCUUGCCGGCCCGUUCGAGAGGCACUGGGGGAUUUUCCGCGCAGACGGGACCCCGAAAUACCCCUUGGAUUUAACGGGCGGCGGGAAGAAUGUCACUCUGAAAAGUGCGACGGGGAUUGUGCUGUAUCCCGGGCGGUGGUGUGUGGCUAAGGAGGGUGCAGACCCCCAGAAAUUGGCAGAUGCGGUGACGUACGCUUGCGGGGAUACGAAGCCUUCGGAUUGCACGCCUGCACAGGUUGGAGGGUCGUGUUACUUUAAUGGGAGCACAGCAAAGGUUGCGACCUAUGCGUUUAAUAGCUAUUUCCAGCUGAAUAACCAGUCAGGUGGGGCAUGUGACUUCAAGGGGGUGGCUGAAGUGCAACUGGAGUCGUUAUUCAAGCUGGGGAAGAAGCUCGGCCAGGGCCAGUUCGGCGUAACGUUUCUCUGCACGGAGAAAGCCACGGGGAAGGAGUACGCGUGCAAGACCAUUGCAAAGAAGAAGCUUAUAUCGAGGGAGGAUGUGGAGGACGUGAAACGCGAGGUGGCGAUUAUGCAUCACCUGGCGGGCCAUGGCAACAUAGUGUGCAUCAAGGGAGCGUACGAGGAUCACUUGAAUGUGCACAUUGUCAUGGAGCUCUGCACGGGAGGCGAGCUGUUCGAGCGCAUUAUUAAAAAGGGCCACUACAGUGAACGGCAGGCCGCGGAGCUAACGCGGUCGAUCGCGAAGGUGAUAGAGGCUUGCCACUCGCUGGGCGUGAUCCACCGCGACCUCAAGCCGGAGAACUUCCUCUUCGCCAGCAAGUCCGAGACCGCCGACCUCAAGGCCACCGACUUCGGCCUCUCCUACUUCUUCAAGCCAGGCGAGUACCUGUCGGACGUGGUGGGCAGCCCGUACUACGUGGCGCCGGAGGUGCUGCGGCGGCGGUACAACGAGAAGGCGGACGUGUGGAGCAUGGGCGUCAUCAUCUACAUCCUGCUCUCCGGCGUGCCACCCUUCUGGGCAGAGACGGAGCAGGGUAUCUUCGAGGCGGUGCUGCGGGGCGAGCUGGACUUUGAGUCGGACCCGUGGCCGUCCAUCAGCGAGGACUCCAAGGACCUCAUCCGCCACAUGUGCUGCCUCGACCCGAAGAAGCGCUACUCCGCUUAUGAUGUGCUGUGCCACCCGUGGGUGGCCAAGGAUGGCGUCGCACCCGACAAGCCGCUGGGCUCGGCCGUGCUUUCUAGGCUGAAGCAGUUCACGGCGAUGAACAAGCUGAAGAAGAUGGCGCUGCGGGUGAUCGCAGAGAGCAUGUCGGAGGAGGAGAUCUCGGGACUCAAGGAGACGUUCAAGAUGAUGGACACCGAUGGCAGCGGCACCAUCACGUAUGAGGAGCUGCGCGCCGGGCUCAAGAGGAUCGGGUCUACGCUCAAUGACAUGGAGAUUAAGGAACUCAUGGAUGCGGCUGACAUUGACGGCAAUGGAACCAUCGAUUAUGGCGAGUUCCUGGCAGCGACGGUGCAGCUGAACAAGAUCGAGCGCGAGGAGACGCUGUUUGCCGCCUUCUCCUACUUUGACAAGGACUCGUCCGGCUUCAUCUCCACUGAUGAGCUGCAGGACGCGUGCCGCGAGUACGGCGUCGAUGAGGAGUGCAUCGUUGAGACCAUGCGCGACGUUGACACUAACAAUGAUGGCAUCAUUGACUAUAACGAGUUUGUUGCCAUGAUGAGGCAAGGGAACGGAGGGAUUGGCAGGAAGAGUCUGGGCGGCAGCUGGACCAGUGGCAAUCUCUUCCGGGACCUUGUGUCUGCCGGCCAAAAGGCCGGCCCCAACUCACCCCUGGCUUCCGUACAACCGUGA